AUGGGGUCGAUGCCUUCUGAUGUCGAGAGCCUCUCGAUCUAUGAGCCGCCCGAUGACUUCUCACGCGAGAUUGACGAACAUAUCAAGAAUUGCGCGCUGGCUGUCGAGUUACGAGAACAUCCCGACUUCAGGGAGUCGCGGCCACAUUUGAAGAUCCCCCCGGAAGUGCGGCAGCACAGUUUGACGGCAGGAACGCUAGCAGGACCGGGCAUGAUAGUUGUGCCGCCGUACUAUUUUAACGAGAAGGACGGGAAGAGCAUGGUCCAGAUAUUCUACGUCGGCCCUGAUUGUUCAGGACACCCGGGCAUCGUGCACGGCGGGUUCCUGGCGACGAUGCUGGACGAGGGGUUGGCGCGGUGCGCCUUUCCUGCGAUGCCGAAUAAAGUUGGUGUUACCGCGAAUUUACAGAUAAAUUACCUCAAGCCGACGAUGGCCGGGCAGUUCUUGGUUCUAAAAGCGAAGACGGUCAAGGUCGAAGGAAGAAAAGCUUGGGCGGAAGGAUGGAUCGAGAGUCUCGAGGUCCCGGAGGGAGAGGAGCCGGCCAAACUGGUAGAGGCCAGUGCGUUGUUUGUCGAGCCUAAGCAUGCGAAUGUAAGUCACCACAUAGGCGAGCUGUUUGUGCCCGGCAAGAGACCAGAUGCUGACGUUGGUGAUGCAGAUUUUGAAGUCGCUUUACCGAGUUACUGA